GAGCAAGAAAGAACCCUACGAGGCGGGAAGGGAGAGGAAGGCGCGCACGAUCCCGAUGUGGAGCGCGCUACAUCGGAUGAGGCAGGCGCGGCAGGAUUUUCUUGUUGCCUCGAGAUUCCAAUCUCAGGGUUUCUCCAUCGACAAUGCAUCCAGGAGAUUGAGCUGUGGGAAGCUAAGCACGAUGAGUGGAAGCGUUGUGAAGAUGAAAAGGAGGCAGAGCUACGUCCCGGUUGAUGAUCGGGAUAAGGAGCAUAUUUGUUGGUGGCAAGAACGCAUGAACUUGUGUCAAAAGCCUACUACCAAAGAAAUGAUAAAGCUUUUGAUUCCGACUAAUCUGCUCGGGCUCGACCCCAACUUGCGUCAUGGAAGCUUAAGAGAUGGAAGCCUGAACGCUGAGCUACUGGAUGCUAAAAGAAAAUUUCCUCGAGAAGUUCUUCUGUGUAGAAUUGGCGAGUUUUAUGAAGCGUGCGGUUUUGACGCCUGCAUUUUGGUAGAGUUUGCAGGCUUGAAUCCAAUGGGUGGGAUACGCGCUAAUGCUUCUCCAAGAGCAGGCUGCCCUAUUGCGAACUUGCGCCAGACACUUGACAAUAUCACCCAGCAAGGACUUUCGGUGUGUGUAAUGGAAGAGGUUCAGGGUGCUGCUCCAUCAAAGUAUCGGAAAGACAGAUUUAUUGCAGGCCAUGCUCAUCCAGGAAGUCCGUACAUUUACGGCCUCGCCGCAGCAGAGAGUGAUUUUGAAUUUCCAGAGCCAUGCCCCGUAGUCGGGAUCUCUCAAUCGGUGCGCGGGUACACUUUCGUCUCUGUUUUGGAAAUGAUGAGGACGUAUACUGUCGAAGAUGGACUCACCGAAGAAGCACUUGUCACGAAACUGCGAUCAGUGCAGUAUCAACAGCUUUUUCUCCAUCGCUCACUAAGAGGAAACUCCUCAGGAAGCGUUAGAUGGGGAUCCUCUGGGGAUGGAGCACUCCUGUGGGCAGAAUGCAAAGGCAAAGACGUAGAGUGGUUUGACCGGGAUCCAGUUUCCUUUCUCUUAGAUAAGGUUAAGGAGAUGUAUGACAUUGAGGACCAAGCUGAAUUUCGGGAAAUUGCAAGACCGUCGUUGAAAAGGCCUCGGCCAGUUUACCUGGGGACAGCCUCUCAAGCUGGCAUUUUGCCGGUGCCGGAAAUUCCGAGCUUGCUAAAAGUUCUUGUACCGUCGGACACCACCAGUCUCUGCGUCAGGUAUUUGCGAGACCUGUUAUUAAAUCCACCGCCUUACGCUACAGCUGCGGCUAUUCAAGAGUGUCUAAAGUUAAUGACUUCUGUGAAAUGCUCUAUUCCGGAGUUUUUAUGUGUAUCAGCUGCAAAGCUGGUGAAACUAAUUGGAGCUAGGGAAGUCAAUCAUCUUGAAUUUUCGCGCAUAAAACAUCUUGCAGAGGAUGUAUUGUACAUGCAUGAGAACGACAGUCUGAGAGACAUAUUUCAUUUGCUUCUUGAGCCCACUAUAUUAGCAAGUGGUUUACAAUUGGAAGCUGAACAACUGGUGACUGAUUGUAAGCAGCUGGUUGAUAGAAUCAGUUCUGUGAUCUCUUGUACGGGCGAUCCAGAGCAGCUCAUUAAUUCGUACGAACAUGUUCCGGAUGAUUUCUUUAUUGAUUUUGAAUCGAGCUGGAAAGGUCGCGUACAACGCAAACUUUCUGAAGAUUUUUAUGCCGAUGUUGACAGAAAUGCUGCAGAACUCAAUUCAGCGAUUGUAGGUGAUUUUCUUCCGGUUUUGGCAAGGGCAAAGUCUUUAGUAAGAUCCUGCUACGGUAAUGGCAACGGUGAAAUCUGCUACGUUCCGGACCAUCAAGCGGUCUGGUUCAAGGGAAAGGGUUUUAUGCCACUUCUGUGGGGCUCUGAGACACCCGGUGAGGAAGAAAUAAAACGUUUGAUUCCUGCGCUAGACUCCAAAGGCAAAAAAGUUGGAGAUGACUGGCACACCACAGGAAGAGUAGAAUCUGCGGUCAUGAGCUACCGAGAAGCCGCAACUAAAGCAAAUUUUGCUGUUGUUAAGGCACUCCGAUGCCUUUCAGACGAUGUAAGGACGUAUCUGAACACAAUAAUUUUUAUUUCCAUGUUCUGUGUGAUAGCCAAAGCUUUUUUCGCGCAUGCCAGUGAGGGAAAACGUCGCAAAUGGGUGUUCCCUGUUCUUGGUGGUGAACAGGAGCCUCUUGUUUUCUCUGGGCUCUUGCCAUAUUGGCUAGAUUCAACACAGGAUUUUGCAAUACCAAACUCGUUCGAAAUGAGCUCUAUUUUUCUUCUUACGGGUCCCAACGGCGGAGGAAAGUCGAGUUUGCUGAGAUCCGUUUGCGCGGCUACUUUGUUGGGAUUAUGUGGACUUAUGGUUCCGGCAUCUAAAGCUGUCAUCCCACAGCUCGACUCCAUCAUGUUAAGAGUGGUUUCUCAAGAUAGUCCCUCGGAAGGCAAAAGCCUAUUUCAGAUGGAAAUGGCAGAGUUGAAGACUUUGUUACUUGAGACAACUCGGAGAAGUCUUGUCCUUGUAGAUGAGCUUUGCAAGGGAACCGACGUACAGAAAGGGACUUGCAUAUUGGCCAGUGUUCUGGAGAAUUUUGACAGGCUCGGCUGCCUGGGAAUUGUCUCUACUCACCUUCAUGGGCUUCUAGAUAUGAAGCUCGACACCAACAAUGUCGUCUUGAAAGCAAUGGGGACAAGAAAGGUAUUACAAGGCGGGCUACAACCGACCUGGGAGCUCAUCGAUGGAGAAUGCAGGGAGAGCUUGGCUUUCGAGACCGCGAAGGGGGAAGGUGUGACGGAAGAGAUUUUGGACAGAGCCAGGGAAUUAUACGAAGAGAUGCAGAAGAAAUAUCUCUCGCAAAGUAAGCCGAUGGUAGACGGUAAUGAAGUGCGCCAUGAAAGUACUCUUGACAGCAACGCAGCUGCGUCAUCAGUGCCACGCAUCCAAGGUGCGAGAAAUCUGAAGGAUCUGGAACAAGAAGUUUUGAGGAUCUGCAAGGACCAGCUGAAUGGAACUUUCGUUCUCUCUAGCACUUGUUAUUUCGUUGGCGCGCGCCAGCAACCUCCACCCUUCACUUCGAAUCACUCUUGCGUCUACAUUCUUCAUAGACCAGACGGAAAGUUUUACGUUGGACAGACGGAUAAUCUAUCUGGACGAAUUGCUUCACAUCGUACGUCUAUGGGACUAAAGCAGGCACCUUUUUUAUACUUGCCAGUGUCCAACAAGAGUGUGGCUUGUCAGUUGGAGACCGCUCUUAUUACACAGCUCACACAACAGGGAUUGAACCUCGUGAACAAAGUUGAUCAAAGGCAUAAGCAUUUUGGGAUCAGCCCAGUCGAGGCUCCAUUUUGAGCCAGCGAGUCAGCAGUUUUUGCCCGGAGUAACUUACUUAUAAGAGAUUUUAUAUGCAUAUUGCGAGCUUCUAAGAUUUUUGAGGUGAACUUUCAAGUUUUUAAAGAUAGUACGCAUAUUUUUCUUCUUGUAA